CUCUCCACCCCUUUUCCUUCCAUUAUCAGAAUCAAAAACUCUGAUCAUGGCGUCUCUGAUCUCCGAUAAUGAACAACCGUCGAUGACUAUAAACCCAAACUCUACAGCUCACGUUCGAAAGAAGAAGAGAUUCUCUUCUUCCUCCCCUUCAUCGUCUGCUUCCAUAUCAACCGAGAGCCACCCGCGAUGGAGAUCGGAGAAGCAACACAGAAUAUACUCCGCAAAGCUAAUCCAGGCUCUGAAACAAGUCCGCCUCAGCUCCUCCUCCUCCGUUACAUCAUCUCCAACGACUCAUACGCGAGGAAAAGCCGUCCGUGAAGCUGCAGAUCGCGCUCUCGCCGUUUCCGCUCGUGGGAGGACGCUAUGGAGCAGAGCGAUCCUGGCUAAUCGCAUCAAACUGAAGUUUCGGAAACACAAACGGCCACGACAGACGGUCAUACCAGCAAUGACCACGGUGGUCACAACGGGAACUAGCAGAAAUAAAAAACGGAGAGUGUCGGUGGUGAGACUGAAUAAGAAGAGUAUACCGACGGUUAACCGGAAAGUACGUGUUCUAGGCCGGUUAGUUCCGGGUUGCAAAAAAGAAUCAGUACCGGUGAUUCUAGAAGAAGCGACAGAUUACAUACAAGCACUGGAGAUGCAAGUCAGAGCCAUGAACUCUCUAGUGGAGCUUCUCUCCGGCUCGGCUUCUGCUCCUCCGCCGAUUUGAUGAGGUUAAAUUUGUCAUUUGCCCAUAUUCGACCUUUUAAAUCUCUGUGUACACAAAAACUUUCAUAUAUAAAUUGAUAUACAAGUAAUAAUAUGUUACUAUAUAGAAGAUGUGGUUUUGAGUAUAAUUUGUGUAAACCAAUCAUCUCAAGUGCUGAAUCUUAUCGGUUAUUACUAAUUAACGAUAUCUUUGCC